AUGCAGCUUCCUCGAAUAGUGUCACAGAUCCAUGAUCUUAAAGCAAUCUACAAUUACGAUGCUGCCCAAGACGUGGAGCUCUCCUUGCAAGUUGGUGACACUGUUCACAUUUUGGAGAUGUAUGAAGGCUGGUACCGAGGGUACACACUCCGGAAUAAGUCUAAGAAGGGCAUUUUCCCAGAAACAUACAUCCAUUUAAAAGAGGCGAUCGUGAAGGACCGGGGACAAAAUGAAACCGUGAUUCCAAGUGAAUUACCCCUUGGACAAGAGCUCACUUCUACCCUGAGGGAGUGGGCAGUUAUCUGGCACAAGUUAUAUGUGGAUAACAAGACAACCCAGUUUCGGCAUGUCCAACAAAUGACAUACAGCCUGAUUGAGUGGAGGUCACAGAUACUCUCUGGGACCCUUCCCAAGGAUGAGCUGGCUGAGCUCAAGAAGAAAGUCACUGCAAAGAUUGACUAUGGCAACAGGAUCCUAGGUUUGGACCUGGUGGUACGAGAUGACAAUGGGAACAUCUUGGACCCAGAUGAAACCAGCACAAUUUCUCUCUUCAAGUCUCACGAAACUGCAUCCAAAAGGAUUGAGGAAAGGAUCCAGGAAGAGAAGUCCCUGCAACAGAAUUUGGACCUCCGAGGGCAGCCAAUAUUCAACACAACACAUACAUACAGCCUGUAUGUAAACUUCAAGAACUUUGUCUGCAAUAUUGGAGAAGAUGCAGAGCUGUUAAUGAGCCUCUAUGAUCCUGAUCUCUCCAAAUUCAUCAGUGAAAAUUAUCUGGUUCGUUGGGGCAGCAAUGGGAUGCCUAAAGAAAUUGAGAAGCUAAAUAACCUUCAAGCUGUCUUUACUGAUUUGAGCAGUUCUGACUUGAUCAGGCCGAGGGUCAGCUUGGUGUGUCAGAUUGUGAGGGUGGGGCACAUGGAGCUGAAGGAUGGGAAGAAACAUACCUGUGGACUCCGGAGGCCCUUCGGUGUGGCAGUGAUGGACAUAACUGAUAUCAUUCAUGGAAAGGUGGACGAUGAGGAAAAGCAGCAUUUUAUUCCAUUCCAGCAGAUUGCCAUGGAGACGUAUAUCAGACAACGACAGCUAAUCAUGUCCCCACUGAUCACUUCCCAUGUGAUUGGAGAGAACGAGCCCCUCACUGCUGUCUUCAACAAAGUCAUUGCUGCAAAGGAAGUGAAUCAUAAAGGGCAAGGUCUUUGGGUCUCUCUGAAGCUGCUUCCUGGUGAUCUAGCACAGGUUCAAAAGGAUUUUUCCCACCUUGUAGACAGAUCAACUGCUGUGGCUCGCAAAAUGGGAUUCCCUGAGAUCAUCCUUCCUGGGGAUGUUCGAAACGAUAUCUAUGUCACCCUGAUACAAGGAGAGUUUGACAAAGGGAAGAAGAAGACUCCUAAGAACGUGGAAGUCACCAUGUCUGUGCAUGAUGAGGAUGGAAAUCUCCAAGAGAAAGCUAUCCAUCCUGGUGCUGGCUAUGAAGGUGUCUCUGAAUACAAGUCUGUUGUUUAUUAUCAAGUCAAGCAGCCUUGCUGGUAUGAAACCGUAAAGGUGUCCAUUGCCAUAGAAGAAGUCAGUCGUUGCCAUUUGAGGUUCACUUUCCGUCAUCGGUCGUCACAGGAGUCCAGGGAUAAGUCUGAGAGAGCUUUUGGCAUGGGCUUUGUGAAGUUGAUGAAUGCAGAUGGAACAACACUGCAAGAUGGCAAACACAAUUUGAUUGUGUAUAAGGGUGAUAACAAGAAAAUGGAAGAUGCCAAAUGCUAUUUAACCCUUCCUUGUACCAAAACGGAGAUGGAGGAGAAGGAAACCCCCUCAGGGAAGAAUCUCCACCAUCUAGCCAACUUCACACCCACUAAAGACAGCACAAAAGACAGCUUCCAGAUUGCCACUCUGAUCUGCUCCACCAAACUCACCCAGAACGUUGACCUGCUGGGUUUGUUGAACUGGCGUUCCAACUCUCAGAACAUAGCUCACAACCUGAGGAAGCUCAUGGAGGUGGAAGGAGGAGAAAUUGUAAAGUUUUUGCAAGACACCCUUGAUGCACUUUUCAACAUAAUGAUGGAGAUGUCAGAAAAUGAAACCUACGACUUCCUUGUGUUUGAUGCACUGGUAUUUAUUAUUUCUUUGAUUGGAGACAUCAAGUUCCAGCAUUUCAACCCUGUACUUGAAACUUAUAUUUACAAGCACUUCAGUGCAACCCUGGCAUAUGUGAAACUCACCAAAGUACUGAACUGUUAUGUGGGAAACGCUGAUGACUCCAGCAAGACAGAAUUGCUGUUUGCUGCCCUGAAAGCCUUGAAGUACCUCUUCAGAUUCAUUGUUCAGUCACGAAUAUUGUACCUGAGGUUUUAUGGGAAGAGCGAAGACGGGGAUGAGUUUAACGAUGCCAUCCGCAGGCUGUUCCUCUCCUUCAACGUCCUCAUGGACAGGCCUCUAGAGGAGGCUGUCAAGAUUAAGGGUGCAGCCUUAAAGUAUUUGCCAAGCAUCAUAAAUGAUGUCAAGCUAGUAUUUGACCCUGUUGAGCUCAG